AUAAAAAAGGAUCCCCCAUCUUGGGCCAACUGCCGGCUUUCGCUUACACAAGUCGUGGUGCACUUUUGUUUCUACUCGUUUUGGUCGUACUUUCGGACAAGGACAAGAGAUCAAAAUCUGCUAGACUUGUCAAGGACGGAUCUAUCCUCAUCGCAGCUUCUGCCCACCUGGGAGACUCUCUAGACGGAAAACGGAGCACAACCUAAACGUGAUCGUUUACCAAGCUUCCAAUUUACACACAUUGGAAAACAUCCGAGAGCGGAGUUUCCGACCGAUUGAAACCGGGAUCAUUUCCAAAUCUUUUUUCUUUUUUUGGUCAACCAGCGCUGUUUGGCACACUGGGGACUUGUUUGUCUUGUUUGUGCUGCGCGAUCUCGCGACGUGAAAACUCCGGACAGCUUACUUUUCCCAACGCGCUUGGGGCGCAGCAGCCUUGUUAUUCGGAACUCAUAACAUCUGGCAUCAUCCCCCGGUGCGUAUACCCUGCGUGAUGCGAUCCAUCCCAACAAAACGAUCAGCCGACAAGGCAUCCCCAACGCCGGCAAGCCUGACCAGACGUGACGCGACAACGGGGCUCCCCGUCGUCAAGCCAAAGAGGGUUCAAGUAAAGAAUGCGUGUGUAAAUUGUCAAAAGGCUUGCAAGAAGUGCGAUGAAGCUCGUCCGUGUGCGCGAUGUGUCAAGUUUGGAAUUCAAGAAACUUGUCGAGACUCGGAACGGAAGGAGAGGAAUAGAGGCCUAAAACGAGGGGCUUAUAAACGAAAGUCUUCAGAAGUGUAUGAGUCUCGCCUCCAUUUUCAUAAACAUCACGACUCACACUAUGAGAAGCAAUCCAAACAUCUUUUGCCACCAAGUAGCCUCAAAGCCUCGCUCUCUCAAUCAACACCCACACCGCCACCACCCUUUUCCCAAUCACCCCAACUAGCCAUGGCGGCCGAAUUCGAUCCCCGAGCAGGAGGUCUCGUCACGCCGAUUUUACCCGCAUAUCACCACAUUUACAUUACACCAGCGGGCCCCACAGACGUGGACUGUGUAGAGGAUGACCUAGAAUCCAGGUCACCCACUCCACCGAAAGACGACGAAGAGAAAGACUGGAACAAACUCCAAGUUCUUUCAUCGCUUUGCAGUGCAGUACUAGGCAAUAAGGGCAAGGAGCCCACGCAGGACCGCCAUUUUGCCUCAUCGUAUCCGCUCAAGCACCCUCCUCCCAUCCCAGAUCUGCACCAAGAUCCAGUCAGCCCUCCCCCUUUUGACUCGCUCCUUCCCCACCCAUUCACAAACCUGUACAACUACACCUACCUCCCCUCGUAUCCCCUCCACCACAACCAUGACCUCCACCACCAUCCUCUAUCGCGUCUGACGCACUUGGACGACAACCUUUUUAUAAAAACACAUAUGACUUCCCUCCACCACAUGAGUUUCCUCCGUCGGCCGUGGGAGGUGAGUGAAGAGGGAUAUGAUGAAGCCACCGUGUUGAUGAACCGGUAUACAGAGGUGGGAGAAGAUGAUCAUGAGGAGGAAGGGGAGGACAAUAGUGCAAUCGAGCAGAAGGACGUCUGCAAACGAGAAGGGCUCAAGGUUAUGGGCAUGAACGCUUUUGCUAGUGGGAGAGGGUCAGGCCCAAGGGAUGAGUGGACAAUGGGAUUUAAUUUUUCGUAGGUUGUUGUCGUGUUUGAGGAUCAAAUAAAAAGUCUUAAGCCUGUUGGCCGUGUGA